UACUCCUUCCCCGUGACAGAGUUCUGCACCCCCUGGCCCGCUGGACUGGAGACCGUAACCAAGCAGGAGAAACACUUCCCGGUCACCAUCAGCAAGAGCUCGUACCUCCACUCGUCUCCCAGCAUCAGGGACGACAAGGCGCGGAUUGUCACGCUGAAGGUGUCACUAAAGAGCCUGGAGUUGGACGAGCACGGGAAGGACAAGAUGCUGCGUCUGGUGGGUGAGCGCUACGACCCAGCCACGGAAGUCCUCACACUGGUGGCUGACCGCUGCCCACUCUCCCAGCAGAACCUCGACUACCUCCACUACGUCCUCACUGUCCUGUAUAAUGAGUCGAUGAAAGUGGAGCCUUGGGAGCACGAGAAGGAGGUGGUGGACCGCGAGAGGUACAUCUGGGAGGACAGUCCAUCACGCGCGGCGGCCGAGGUUGUGGCCGCUGCCCGGGGUAUUGACGCUGACGGGGAGGUGAUGAAGGAGUACGGGGAGGCAGUGGCAGAGAUCCAUAAUGAAGGUGAAGACGAAGCCACACUGAAGAAAUACCGGGAGUCUGUGGUGAGGCUGCUGGGUCUGGACGAGCCCCACGGCACCACCGACGCCCAGCCCAUCACCCAGGGACAGGCGUGCUAGGUGGGAGCCGGGCAGGGGUGGCAUUCUCAGACAUCUCCACCUCUCACAUCAAUAAUUUCCUAAGACCAAAAAGGAGAUUAGUUAAGAUCCAAUGAGUGUUUUCUUACAUUCAUGGCACUAAGAAAUUAUCAGACUUCCAUUAAGAUCAUAUAACUAUCCCUGAAAAUGCCCACAGCUCCUAUGAAAGCCUUGUGUGGUUGAGCGGCGAAAUGUUUGAGAAUAUGACCCCGGGACACUCUCUCAGGAGGCUUAGAGAGGGCAGGUUAAGAGUCACUUGUUUGUACAUUGUUGUGGAAGGUGUUGACAGGUCUGGUCGGGUGUGUACAUGAGGCGUAGUAAAGCUGUGUUGAUCUGUC